CCUUUUUAAAUUUAAAACGCAGCAGCAGACAUAAUUCGAGUUUCUGGGGGCGGAGAGGGAGCGCCCGCGACCGCACUUGCUCACACAAAUUAUCGGUUAUAGACUAUUAGAUAUCUUUCCCCACCAAUCGCUACAGUAUCGUAGACUGGAUCCAGACUGAAACCAAUGGAAUCCUGAAUCAUGGCUGCAAAAGAGGAUCUCUUCAGCAAAAUCAUCCCGCGAAGCCUUCGUCCGAAAGUAACGGGCACUGUGAAAUAUGGAUCGAAUUUGGACGUCCUUUUAUCGAUGGGUUUCCCCAAAGCCAGGGCAUUGAAGGCACUAGUAUCAACAGGAGGCAAGAGUGUACAGGCAGCAUGUGACUGGCUGUUCUCCCAUGUGGAUGACCCCUUCCUGGAUGACCCGUUGCCCAGAGAGUACGUCCUGUACCUGCGCCCCAGCGGACCUCUGCAGAAUCAGCUCCAUCACUUCUGGCAGCAGUCCCGCGUCUCCUGCGGCAAGAACAAGGCCCACAACAUCUUCCCCCACAUCACGCUCUGCCAGUUCUUCAUGUGUGCAGACAAGAAGGUGGAUGCCCUGUUGGAGGCCCUGCAGGCCACGGUGGGCCAAUGGAGGGGUCGUUUCCCUAGCCCCCUGCCCCUGGAGCUCUACACCUCCUUCAACUUCAUAGGCCUCUUCGUUGAGGAGCAGAUCGCAGAGGUCCUCAAGCAGUUUGCUGCUGACUUUGCUUCCGAGGCUGCCAGAAAAGCAGAUGUCCAUUUAGAGCCCCAUAAGAAGCAGCUCCAUGUGACGUUAGCCUACUACUUCCCCACCAAUCACCUGUCCUCCCUGGAAAAGCUGGCCAAGGGAAUCGAGGUGAAGCUAGGCUGUGAUUGGCUGGCUGUCCUUUUCUCCCGGGACAUUCGGUUUGCCAAUCAUGAGACGCUGCGCGUGAUGUAUCCCUACGCCCCUCAGAAUGAGGAUGAGCUGGAGCUGGUCCUGGGUGACUUUGUCUUCACUUCUCCCUUGGAGCAGAAAAACACCAGCGAGGGCUGGGUCUACGGGUCCUCCCUGGCCACGGGGCUGUCCGGCCUAUUGCCUGAGAACUACGUCAGCCGGGCAGACGAGUGUGACACAUGGGUCUUCCACGGAUCACACUCCUUCUUCAAUUGCUCCGCCCCCUCCGACAAAGAGAGCAGGGAAAGGGGCCUAUUCAAUGGGCUGCUGGACAGCCGUCGCCUCGACAACGCAAGCCCUGAGGACACACCCACUUCGAGCCUCAUCUGUCAUCCAAUGCAGGUCCUUCGGGUCGGCAGCAAUCACUCUCGGCUGCCCAAGCGGACACUGUUUGUCUGUCGGCACGGUGAGAGGAUGGAUGUGGUGUUUGGGAAACAGUGGCUUUCACUGUGCUCUGACUCCAAAGGUAGAUAUGUGCGCACUAACCUGAACAUGCCAGUCAGCCUGCCCAUGUGGAAUGGAGGACACCGAGAUUACGACAUGGACACCCCAAUCACUGUGUUUGGUUCCACACAAGCACAAAUAGUGGGUCAGGCGUUGUUGGAGAGCAACACAGUGAUAGACUUUGUGUACUGUUCGCCUUCUCUGCGCUGUGUCCAGACUGCUCAGAACAUCCUCAAAGGUCUGCAGCAGGAUGGCAAGCUGAAGAUCAGAGUGGAGCCAGGGCUAUUCGAGUGGACCAAGUGGGUCUCUGGGAGCUCUCUUCCUGCCUGGAUCCCUCCCACAGACCUGGCUGCAUCCCACUUCAGUGUUGACACAACAUACAGACCUCUCAUCCCAAUAUGCAAACUUAGCGUGUCGGAGUCCUAUGACACGUACAUGAGCCGGAGCUACCAAGUGACCAAAGACAUUCUGUCUGACUGCAAAAACAUGGGAAACAACAUACUGUUUGUGGCCCAUGCUUCCUCCCUGGAGGCCUGCACGCGACAGCUCCAGGGCCGCAGCCCCCAGACCUCCAAGGACUUCAUCCAAGUAGUCAGGAAGAUCCCCUACCUGGGUUUCUGUUCCUGCGAGGAGCAGAGCGACACGGGGGUCUGGCAGCUGGUGGACCCGCCCAUCCUGCCCCUCACACACGGACCCAACCACAGCUUCAACUGGAGGGAGACCCUCCUCCAGGAAUGACAUCCGCUUCCCUGGAGAGCAGACUUGCUCAGACCCAUCCCGAGGAUUUCGUUUCUGGUCAAACAGCACUGAAAGACCCCACCAGGGUCAAUGGGUGGUUGGACCUGGAUGUACUGUACUGUACAUAUUGUAAUUUGACAGUAUCGUUGACAUUUCUAAUUUGACAGUAUUGUUGUUAGUGAGAGCAGAGGUAGAAGAGAGUGGAGAGGGCAGGGCUAAGUCUCGGCCUGGUUGAUCGUGGAGGCUAGCACAUGAACCAUUACAUAUUAUAUCGUCAACUGCGUGCCAGAAGGAAGUCACAAGGUUGAGAACAUUGACCUAAAAAAACGAACAGAGUAGUUUGUGUUUCGAUAAGCAAUUGUAUCCCUUGUCCCGCUUGCAGAUGUUAUCCUCAAAAGCCCUUGAUUGUAGCCUCAAGUCAUGUCUCGGAUGUUUCCCAGUGUGGAAUCUGUGUUUCUGUGUGUAUAAAGUUUAACUCAUUUUGGGAGAAAACAUGCAAAAUUUAGUUCAUGAUCUCUUGCAAUGUGGUCAGUAUGAUGUCUUCUAUGACUUUAUGGUCACGUUGUAUGCUGGUUGUAUACUAACGUUUUGUUAACGAAGGUAACCAGAAAAAUCUAUCUGCCUGGUUGUUAUGUGACCAGAUAACAACCAACAUAUGACGGAUUUACUUUGACAUCAUGAUCUCGUCAUAAAGAAAUGCGUCUUUACGUGGUUGUAACAGAGACUAGUUGAAAAUCUGGUUUUCUGACUUCUUCACAACCAGAAAAACAGUUUACAACCAGAAAAUGACGUCAUUAAGAUGGCAUGUGCCAAAUGUUUUCCACUUGGUUUUCACCCGGUUUGUUUGAAACAGUCUCGAUGGCACAAAAUGCACUAUUGACAAUCACAGGUGAGCCUUGGUGAGGCAGGUCUAAUAACCAGAAGUUAGGAACUUAUACUGUAUGUGUUUGUUUUACAUAAUGUAAGUCUUAUGGCAGAAUAGUUGUCGACCACUGCACUAGAAAAUAUCUUUCAGUCUUCCAGUUGUGACCAUUUAUAUUUUAUUCAGAUACGUAACAAUUGAAGAGCUUUUAUCAUAUCAUAUUAAAAAGACCUGUUCCGUGGUAGGAAAAUACGUUUUUCUCAGGUGCAGUUUUCAUUGUGACCUAAUACAGUAUGUGCAUUUCAUUGGGUCAUGAAAAUUGUUGUGAGUGCCUCUUAAGAUUGAACCUGAUUUCUCUUGAUGUCUCAGUGGUGAAAUCAGAGGGAAGUUCUCUGUUCAUUAUGUCAACUUGAAUGCUUUUGUUUAGCCUCAUCUAAAUCUAUCUGCUCUAAUCUUUCUGCAAAUAAUGCAUUUAUUAUUGAGGAGGCUCUAAAACAAUGUUCUUCCAUUGAUACAUGCAAAUAUAAUACUUACAAGUACAAUUAGAAAUUUGUGAUUAAGGUGUCAGUGAGGAACAAAGCAGGCCUACAUCAGAGGUUUGCCACAUGCACUGUUGAGGAAACCCUGGAAACUGAGGAGGAAGCCAUCUGUGUCAAUUUGUGUUAAUUUAUUGUCUCAAAUAUUAUAUUUCCAAAUGUAUAUAAACGUUAAUUUAAGUAAUUUAAGUUUUUCACCAAAAUGCUAAAAGUUAAGUCAAACAUAUUCUUUAUGUUUGGGCGAAGAUUUGCAAACGAUUGAAAAGAUUGCCACUUGUAUAUUCAGAUAUGAGCAUAUCUGAGGCGUGUUCUUUAUUUUGAUUCAAAAAUUGUCUGAAUUCCCCUCUCUAUAUGAUACAGACAUUAUCACUGUUUCAGAUAUGUAGAAGUUACAUAUCAAAUAAAUAAAAAAAUCUGGUAAUUUC